CUCAUCUGUACAACAACAACAACAUUAGCCGCUAUGGUUAACUUCCGGUUUCAGGCGGCGUAGCUUCCGGCGCAGGCUGGCGUGACGUCACCGUCAGCGCGGUAAGUUCGAGUUUGUCUGUCGCUGUUGUGAGAGUUUUUCAGGCAACAGCACUUUCAGUAAUGGAGAUUUCUGAUCAUCACAUGACUGAUGUUGGCAUCAUCCGCCCAGAUGUGCACAUAGAGGUUCAUGUGAAAUCUCAGAGCACAGCCAAGAGGUCUGACGUGAGGACGCAUGUGUUGUCGCUGCUGGAUCGACACAGCUCGGUUUUAAGGUCUUUCAAGUGGACGGAGUUUGAUGAUGAAUUUCUUACCAAAAAUGUGGAGUCAGUCACUGUAGCGGAUGUAACUGGUCCGAAACUUGUGGAUCUGAAGGUUCAUAACCUCUGUAUCCAUAUUUUUUCCCUGAAUGAUGACAGUCCGAGCACGCUCGCUCUGGAGGAGGAGGAGGAGCUAUCUGCUGCCAAUCAUUGGCUCCUCCCAGCAGCUGAGUUUCAUGGCAUUUGGGAGAGCUUGAUUUAUGAGGACGGCAUCAAAACACAACUCUUGGAUUAUGUUUCGACAACAAUCUUCUUCUCUGACAAAAAUGUCGACAGCAAUUUAAUUGCCUGGAAUCGUGUCGUGUUGCUUCAUGGGCCGCCUGGCACCGGGAAGACGUCUCUAUGUAAAGGACUUGCCCAGAAACUCUCCAUUAGACUGUCUGAAAGGUACGCACACAGCCAGUUCGUGGAGAUCAACAGCCACAGUCUCUUCUCCAAGUGGUUCUCAGAGAGUGGAAAACUGGUCACAAAGAUGUUUCAGAAGAUUCAGGAGCUCAUUGACGAUAAAGAUGCCCUGGUGUUUGUCCUAAUAGAUGAGGUGGAGAGUCUCACAGCUGCUCGGAGUGCCGCUCAGGCAGGAACAGAACCGUCUGACGCUAUUAGGGUGGUCAAUUCUGUCCUGACCCAGCUCGACCAGAUCAAACGCCACCCAAAUGUGGUCAUCCUCACUACAUCCAACGUCACAGAAAAGAUCGAUCUGGCCUUUGUGGACAGAGCUGAUAUAAAGCAGUACAUCGGCCCACCGAGCGCCAGCGCCAUAUUCAACAUCUAUCUGUCUUGUCUGGAGGAACUCAUGAAGCGUCAGAUUGUCUACCCCAGACAGCAGCUUCUGAGUUUGGAGGAACUGGGCACCAUGAACUUCAUGGAGAGCGACGUGACCCAUCUGAGCUUAAGCCUGAGGAACAUCGCCCAGAGGAGUGUGGGACUCAGUGGAAGAGCCUUGAGGAAAAUCCCAUUUCUGGCUCAUGCGCUUUAUGGAAAGACCUCCACAAUGACAGUUGAGAGUUUUCUAAAAGCGAUGGGCCAUGCCGUGGACAAACAGAGACAGGAACAGGCGAGUUUGGUCAACUGUGUUUGAGCUGAAGCUAACUGACGUUCUGCCGUUGUAUCGAAAUGGUUUUUUGUUUGUUAGUUCAAUAUUUCCGCUCUGUUCACCAGCUUCAUCCUCUGAACAAACCAGUGUUUCAAGUUUGAAACAGCACUUAUCUAUAUGGGACUGUCAUCUUCUAGGUGAUAUUUUUCAAUUCAGUAUUCAUAAGCUGAAGUUUUUGGUGUCGUAAAUCUGAGUUUAUAAUAUGCACUGUAGCAGCUGCUAUUUGCAUAUGAAAAAAUAAUGUUCUUUUUUUAUGUUCGGUUUUUAUAUGUGAUGUGUAUAUAUUUAAAUCCUUUGAUUAAAAUUUAAAAAAAAAUCCUUUUGGUUCUUUUUUUUUUUCUUUUUUGAUUUACAAUUAAAAUGUUUUCACUCUUAGAAGAAAAGGUUCUAUAUCGAAUAUUAAAGGGUUCAUUUAAAGGUGACCUAUUAUGCUGCUUUUCACAAGAUGUAAUAUAAGUCUCUGGUGUCCCCAGGAUGUGUCUCUAAAGUUUCAGCUCAAAAUACCCCACAGAUCAUUUAUUAUAGCUUGUCAAAUUUGCCCCUAUUUGGGUGUGAGCAAAAACACGCCGUUUUUGUGUGUGUCCCUUUAAAUGCAAAUGAGCUGCUGCUCCCCACCCCCUUUCCAGGAGAGGGUGGAGCUUUAACAGCUCACACUUCGGUUGUUCAACAACAACAAAGCUGGAGAAUCUCACGCAGCCAAAAUGAGGAUUGUCAGUAACGGUGUUCAGCCUUACAUUGUUCAAACCGGAGUCGACACUGAUGGAGAGACUCAGGAAGAAGUUACAACUUUUAGAAUGAAACUGGAUGUUUCUGAAUGGUUAGUGGAUAAAUUUAUGCAGUUGCUGUGGAGUUGAUUCAACUCAUCGACUAGCAUGUGCCGUCAUGUUAAUCUUUUGUUCAAAUCCAGCGUUGAAUUGACCCUCGUUUGUGAAGCAGUCCAGCGUAAAAUGACGGCAUGGUAACAACACUCUACUACAACAACUCUUCCUCUUCUCUAAAGCAGCACAACAUGGCCUCACGCCCUUUAUUGUGUGUUCCCGGGGGCUGGGUUUAUGUCAAUUUUGGGGUUAGUGAUGUCACUACCCAGGAAGAAGCUCGUUGUAGUCUCUACCAGCCGUUUGCUGUAGUCCUUAAAAAGUGAUUUCUGUAAAAGAAAAUAUCUCCCUUUGCAUUGAACUCUGAGCGACGUAAGAUGCAGAUGUUGUUUAUGCUCAAACAGCAACAUUACACACUAACUAAAGUUUAAAAAGUGAAAUCAUAGUCAACUACCCUUUUAAGGUGCUUCAUAUAUAGAGCCUUUUAGAAGUUCAUUUUAUGGAUUUAGUUUUAAUUAAUUCAUGUUUUUAUUCAUUUUUAAUUUAAAUCAAAUUGUAUGAAUUAUAAAGCAUACAUUAUCAGUAGAAAAAAAUGAAAUAACCCAUUAAACAUGAAAGUAUUAUGCAAUCAUUUAAAACAUUUUUCCUUAUAUAGAACCUUUUUGGCAUAAAGAGUUCUUUCAAAUUGAGUCAAAAGCUCUAGGGUUCUCUUCAGAACCCCAUUGAACCUUUUUUUCUAAGAGUCUGAUUCAUAAAUUGCAUCCAGUAGGUGGCAUAAAGGUGCAACUGCAGGAAGAAAACAGUAUGCAUGAAAUGCUUAGUAAAUUGCCUGUCAUUUUUCACUCAGACAGCUACUGUAGUUAGAUUAGAAACUAUUUGAAAACCAAAUCGGGGUUGUGGGCUAACAGGCUUUAUUCACACUGCAUACAGUUUUGAUUUGGUUUUCAAUUCUAGUCUUGCACUUUGUCAUGUUUACUACUUGUCUGGGCAAAGCCUGACUGAAUAUAAGUUGUUUUGUGUAAUUUAAAGGCAUUAAAGUUAUAAAACACCAACUAAAA